GAGACGGAAGUCACUGUCUCCCGGUGAACGAGGCCGUCGCAACGAGGGGAGAAGAGUGUAGGUGACUGUUCGCACCGGCGGGCGUUGGGCUUGGCGUGACUGGGCGGUCUUCUGCUUGGAGACGCACAGGGGGUCCAGGAGGAGGCGUCGAGGACCCAGGGCUUGGGGGGGGGGGGUGGCCUGCCGGGGAGCUUGGCUCCCUCGGACCCCAGCCCGUUAAGCGCGGCUGCACGGUGGCCCGGCUCCCACGGCGGCCGGCGGGAGGCGUCGCCGAAACCUCGGUGAGCUUGGACGGACCGCUCACCCGCCGCCUCGUUUGCCGUCCUUCAGACAUGGGGCGCAGAAAGUCAAAACGGAAGCCACCCCCCAAAAAGAAGAUGACCGGCACCCUAGAGACCCAGUUCACCUGCCCCUUCUGCAACCACGAGAAGUCUUGUGACGUAAAAAUGGAUCGUGCCCGCAACACUGGAGUCAUCUCUUGUACUGUGUGCCUAGAGGAAUUCCAGACGCCCAUCACAUACUUGUCAGAACCAGUGGACGUGUACAGCGAUUGGAUAGAUGCCUGUGAGGCAGCCAAUCAGUAGCGAUGCAGAGGACCCGCUCCCCUGGCGCGCCGCCUGCUGUGGACCUGCCCCUUUGGCUGCCAGUCCAGAGACAUUCCAGGGUCCAGGGUGUGGGUCCAGGGCCUUCCCAGCCCUCUGCGUAUAUGGAGUGCGUGUGGCUGUGAGUGUGUGCGGUUGUAAGUGUGGCCUUGGCAGUGUGCUUGUGGGCAGGGACUAGAGGUGAGGUGGGGUUGUUGGGCCCCCUGGGGGUCUGAAGAGCUUCACUGGGCUCUGAAAGCCUUGAACUUGCUUGCUCCUGCCUGGAACUGGUGUCCUGACCUUCUGGGCAAGGGCAAGGCCAGCAGAGGCUGCCUCAGGACCCUCCAGCCUCCUCAGCCACCUCACCAGCACCUUGCCCGUUUGAACUGGACUGCCCUCCCUCCUUCCCUGCCUUCCAAGGCCUGUGGCCUGAGAUUGAGAGCCACGAUCCCAUAGCCCCCUUGGCCAGGCCCUAGCAGAACAGCCCCUUUUCAUGUUCAGUUGCUUUUGUAGCCGAGGAGGGGCUGGGUCGGGGCUAGCUGUCAGCCACAAGCCCUAAAAUAAAGCAGCCGAUGCAAACUCCUGCCUCCCUGUGAUUUCCUGGGUUCUGGGUCAGGCCCAGGGGCUCAGUGAGGGAGAGGAGGAGACAGAGGCGUUCGGAGGUGGCCCGGCGGGCCUUUGGGGAUGGGGUUUGGUUAGUCCAAAUUAUCCAUCUUGUCCACGCGACAGGCAUUCGGGGUGAAACCAGGGCAGUGCUGGGCCCAAGGAGCCCACGGACGUCUGGUCAGGCAUUUACACACACACCAAAAUGGGACCAAUGGAGCCUGGGGUGGGAUGGGAGGUUGGUCAGGACGACCAGAGAAGGCUUCCUGGGGUGGGGGGGUGACCUGAUGGAAGUAACACUCCAGGCCCACCCUAUCCCCCCAUGAGGCAGGUGCUCCAGGCUCACAGGUGACAAAUUGCGCCAGAAAUGGCAAGUUACUGGGUUGAAGUCCCCCAGCCAGAAGGCUGCAGAGCUGGGCGUUGAGCCCGGGAGGCCUGGCUUUAUGGCCCAGAGUCUGUCUUCCUGUGAGUCCAGGGUCCAGGCUGAGGGAGCAGCUCACAGCUUCCUUGGGGAGGAAUUGAGAGCACGUAGAAGAGGGUAGGGUCCACAAAAGGGACCUUUUUCCAGGGGCGAUGAGGGGUCACUGAAGGCUGGACAUGGGGCCAGCUGCACAUGCGAGGUACAAUAAAUAGUGGCCUUUGUCCCUGGUUCCUGGCACAGAGUUCCUCAAACCCUUGCAGUUUCCUGAAUGAUGAUGUCACUCAACAGCGCCCCUUUUGAUCACACCUGAGUUGAUGCUGGUCACCAAAAAGACGGUGUGCUCACCAAGUGGGCCCCUCAGUAACUCCCACAAGCUCUGAGGAGGUAAAGGGGAGCUGCAGGUUAAGCUGUAUAAGGACUUCCCUGAGAUCCGCUUAGCUCGGGGCUGGCGAGCCGUGGAGCUGCCGGGAGAGCGGGGCACCUGCAGAGGGCGUGGGAACUCCACACUCCGUGCCCCGCACUUCGGCCUGGGCGCCUCUUCCCUC